UCAACAGUCUUUUGGCAUUGGAGCUGAGUAUCUAAUCCGGAGCAGUUGUCGCAAUGAAGUUAACUAUCGUUCUUUUGGCCCUUGUUGGCCUAGUGGCCACCGCUAGCGUUUCUUCUAUCAAGAAGUCUCCCGUAGCCGAUCAUGUUUUCUUGCAGAAACAGAAGUUCCUUUUGGAAAUCGUUUACCGUGUGGAGGAUCCACUGAUGUUCGAGGAGUACAUCAAGUUGGGCCACACUUUGGUCUACGACAAGGCACUUUACAACCACUUCGAUCAAUAUAUGGAGAAAUUCUACGAGUCCUACAAAAUGGGCGCUCUAUUGCCUAGAGGUGAAUUCUUUGGUGCCCUCGUUAAGACUCACCACAAACAAGCUUACGGUCUCUUUAACUUCUUCUACUACGCCAAGGAUUGGGAAACCUUCCAAGCCAACGUUGCAUGGGCUCGCAUCCAUGUCAACGAAGGCAUGUUCAUCUAUGCUCUGACUUUGGCUGUCAUCCAUCGUGAUGACUUCAAGGGUCUGGUACUACCAUCCAUCUACGAAAUCUUCCCACAAUAUUUCCUCAACAGCAAACUCAUAUAUCAAGCUGAGAAAUUCGAUUACAACACCUGGAGCAAAUACAGUCAAUACGAGAAAGAAUUGCUCGAUGUCUACCACAAGACCAACCGAUACUACAACCAGGGUUAUUUCUAUAUAAAGGACUUCAAGACCUACCAAUGGUGGAGACUUAUGGGUUUGGACGAGCAGUGGUACGCUGCCGAGAAGAGCUUCCCUCUACGUGAAAACACUUACGAAAUUGUUUCUGAUGAAAAAUAUGUGUCCUUCAUGAAGAAUAUCAACAUGUUCUGGCAUCCGGUUGAUUACACACGUGACAUUGACUACUACAACGAACACUCUGUAUUGUCAUACUUCACUGAAGAUUUGGGUUGGAACUCUUAUUGGUACUACUUGAACAUGGAUUACGCUUUCUUCUUGGAUGGCGAAACUUUCGGUUUGAAUAAGGAUCGUCGUGGUGAAUUGUGGUUGUACAAUGUGGACCAAAUCCUGAGCCGUUACUAUAUGGAACGUUUGUCUCAUGGUUUCGGUGAAAUUGACGAUUUCUCCUGGAAUCACGCUUACGAAUACGGAUAUGAUUCCGAAUUGAUUUCCUAUAACGGAAUUGGUUUCAGCACUCGCAGCAACUACUUUGAACGUAGAUCUUAUGGCAAAUACGACAUGUUGAACCAAAUUCAAAGCGCCUUCAAGCGUAUCUACGAUAUCAUCGAUUAUGGAUACUAUACCACCGCUGAUGGACACAAGAUCGAUAUGCGCAAACCCGAAUCUAUUGAGCUCAUCGGAAGUUACACUCAAUCAAAUAUCGAUACUUUCGAUAAAUUCUUCUUCAGUUAUUGGAAUAUGUUGAGUCAUAUGUACCUCGCUGAUGUAGACUACAACGACUUUGAGGUAUAUCCAAAUGUUUUCCUCAACUUCGAAACCAUGUUGCGUGAUCCAAUGUGGUACAGCUUCUACAAGAAAAUCACCGAUGUCUUCUAUCGUUUCAAAUACCACUUCACACCAUACACACAAGAAGAACUAGUUGCUCACGGAGUUCAAGUCAAGGAUGCCAGCGUUAGUGAAUUGGUCACCUAUUUCGAUUUGGUUGAUAUUGAUGUUACCAACUUGUUGAACGACAAAAUGGUCUUCGACGAUGGUAAAUUCGUAUGGGACAAAUCAUUGUACGCUCGUCAAAUGCGUCUCAACCACAAACCAUUCCACUAUGAUGUCACUGUCGAAUCUGAAAAGGCACAGAAGGUUGUUCUUCGUACAUUCUACGGUCCUAAAUACGACGAAUAUGGACGUAUUAUUUCGCUGAACGAUAAUCGCAUGAAUUUCAUUGAAUUGGACGAAUUCGUCUAUGAAUUGGCCGCUGGCGAGAAUGUCAUCAAACGUUCAUCUGAGGAAUUCUACUGGACUGUUAAGGAUCGCACCACCUACACUGAAUUGUAUCACUAUGUGAUGGCUGCCUUCGACGGCAAAUACGAAUAUCCUGUAGAAAUUAGCGAAUCACACCGUGCAUUCCCAGAUCGUCUGCUCCUACCUAAGGGUUGGGAGAGUGGUCUACCGGUACAGUUCGUAUUUUACAUUACUCCAUACGAUGGCUCUAUCGAACAACCCUCAAACAUUGAUGUCACCUACCUUUCUGGUAUUGGCACGGGAUUACGUUACGUUGAUAACAAGCCAUUCGGCUAUCCAUUUGAUCGUCCCAUUGAUUUAUCUCAAUUCUUCGUGCCCAACAUUUACUUCAAGGAUGUGAGCAUCUACCACAAUGACACACUGAAGCAAUACUACGAGAAUUACAAGAACUACGGCCACUUCGACUACAACUUCUACAAUGAAUACUACACCAAAUACUUUAAUUAGAACGAGAGAUCAAGUGAGCGGAUAUAAAAUUGGCUAUUUUUAAGGAAAUAAUGAAAAUCUUGUCAAUCAAAUACACUGUGAUGGGGUUCUAGUACCUACUUAUUAAUUGAGCAUCAAGUGUUAAUUAAGUCUAUAAUGUUAAUCAAGCAAAUGAAAAUAUUAAAAAAAUGCAAAUAAUUGCUAAGGCAAUUCAAAACUUAUAGAAA